UCGUUGAUAAUACAAAAAAAAAAAAUUCACAAUAAACCAUUAACAAUCUGACAUUGUUAUUAAUUUAAUUACGCGAUAUUUAAAUUAUAACAAUUGAUACACAAAUGAUACAUAUAUAUAUAUAUAUAUAUAUAUAUAUAUAUAUAUAUAUAUAUAUGUAUAUAUAUAUAUAUAUAUAUGUAUGCAUAUAUGUAUUUGACAAUGUGUAAGGUUCCCCUUUUAAUAAAGUCGAUAUCCUUAUUAGUCAUAUUGUCCAUUGGUAGUUAGAAGAAAAAGGAAUAUAUUCGGUUUAUAAAUGGUUACAAGGUUCAAAUGUACGACGACCCGAUGACGCUAUAUCUUUACAUUACCAUUCCUUUGUUAUCUCGUUUAUGCUUGAACCAUCAUUAUCACGGAGCAAGCUGAGCCGAUAACAACUCUACUACUCAAGGCAUUAAUGUUGAGAAAGUGCUGCCACUUAAAGUGCCGUUACUUGUACAUACGUCCGUUAGUCUACUACGGAGCUCCAAUCCUGCUUGCCAACGUGCUCUCAUAUUUUAUCGAAUUCUGCCGAAGAACAUCGUGCCCAUUGUGAAGAGAGAGUAUGGAUGCGAUGAAGACCGGCUGGUUCAGCGAGAUAAACGACUUUUGGCCUGGUGUAUCACUGUCCCUCGAACUUGAAGACACGUUACAUCGAGAAAAAUCGAAAUACCAGGACGUUUUAGUGGUCCAAACAAAAACCUAUGGGAAAGCAUUGAUACUCGAUGGUAUUAUCCAGUGUACGGAAAAGGAUGAAUUCGCUUAUCAGGAGAUGAUAGCGUUUUUGCCAUUAUGCAGUCAUCCUAAUCCAAAGAACGUUUUAAUAGUAGGUGGUGGUGACGGUGGAGUGGCACGUGAGGUUGCAAAACAUCCUAACGUUGAAAGAAUUGUACAAGUUGAGAUCGAUUCGACGGUACUUGAAGUAUCGAAAAAAUAUUUGCCAUUUAUGGGGGUUGGCCUGGAUAAUCCAAAGGUCACGUUAAACGUCGGUGACGGAUUCGAAUUUAUGAAGCAACAUACGAAAGAAUUCGACGUUAUCAUUACGGAUAGCAGCGAUCCAAUUGGUCCCGCGGAGUGUCUCUUUCAAGAAUCUUAUUUCAAUUUAAUGAAGACAGCAUUGAAACCCGGUGGUAUUGUUUGUAGUCAAGCUGGUACAGCAUGGAUGAACUUGGAUCAUGUAGUUAAAACUUUUCAACAUUGUAAAUCUUCCUUCGUUGUUGUUGAUUAUGGUAUUACGUCUGUUCCAUCAUAUCCAACCGGACAAAUUGGUUUUGUAUUGGGUGGACUUUCUACGGAAACCAAUUUUAAGGUACCAAUGAGGAUAUUCACGGACGAAGAAUUGGAUAAUAUGAAUUUAAGGUAUUACAGUGCUGAAGUACACAAUGCAGCGUUCGUAUUGCCAAGGUUCGUAGAAAAGGCAUUGAAAUCUUACAGGACAACGUGAAAAGGACAUCUACUUUUGACUUAUUCUUCUUCUUCUUCUUUUUUGUUUUUUUUUUGUUUUUUUUUUUCUAUUGCUUACAAAUUUAUUUUCUAUCUCUAUUUCUAUCUCUAUCUCUAUCUCUAUCUGUCUUCGUAUCUCUCUCUUUAUAUCUCUAUCUCUAUGUAAUCUUCUCUUUUUUUCUUUUUCUAAUUUUAUCACCAAUGUAAUUUUUUUUUUAUCUUCUUACGAUUCCAACGACAACAAUGACAUAGGCGAAGAAACAUAGAGAAGAAGAAACAAAAGAAAAAAAAAAAUAUUAAUUGUCGAAUAUUAUCGAUAUGAUGAUAUAUAUAUAUAUAUAUGAGUUAAGUUUGUAAGAAAAAAGAGAAAAAAAAAAGAUAAUAUAAAAAAAAAAUAUUUAACUUUUAUAAUUCUCCCUAUGUUUAAUUGACAAAUGCGUAAUGUUUAAAAGUCUUCUUUAUUAUAGAAACGUAAGUUCAUUUGUUUUCAUUUAUUAAAAAUGUUAUAUUUUAAUUUUAUAUAUAUAUAUAUAUAUAUAUAUAUAUAAUUAAAAAUAUCCUAUAUGUUAUCUAAAUUCUCAAAAUAAUGCAUUGUCGCAAUAAUACAAGUCAUCGUUCAUUUGUGUGGUACACAUGUAUACACAUAUACACAUAUACACAAGUACGCACACGCACGCACAAAAACGCACAUUAUAUUAUGUUUGCUAGAUUAUGAUAGUCUCUCACAUAUCUGCAUAAUGUAUAUCAAUGCAUUAAUGUUACACCUUUUGACCUUUAUGAUAUCUUUCAUCGUCUGGGACAUUUUAUUUUAUUUUGAAAGAAUUUCGCAUUAGCUAUUUCUUAAUGGAAAUUUUUUUUCUGUCAUUUAGAAAAAAACAAAAAGGAUUAUAUAUAUAUGUAUAUAUAUAGCUAUGUAUAUACGUAUAUUUAUCAUAAUUAUCGAACAUUGUAUCAAACUCUUGAACUAUUUCGUGAUAACCGAUGGAGUUCCGUAUCUCUGUACUUGAAAAAAUUAUAUAAAUUAAUAUUAGCCAUUAUCAUUAAAUUUCAAGAUAUACACACACACACACAUACAUACAUACAUACAUACAUACACGACACACAAGACACUCUCUUUCACUUUUAUUCAGC